UACCAGCAGAAUCCAAAUCCUCCUCCUCCGAAGAAGACUCGUAAUCUUUAAUGUGUUUUUGUACCGCACUUUGAAGUUUAACUUGGGCUUCCUUAAACUUGGACUCUCCAGACGAAGAUGUACCCCCCAAAUUUUUCAAUUUUUGGGGUGUUUUUUUUACUUUCGGAGGAUUGUUUUUGGUCCAGGGGUUGAGUUUAGUAGUACUCAUUAUACAAAACUUACAUGUUAAUAUUAAAUAGGAAACAUUUAAACUUUUUGGUUAGAUUUUUGGAAAUGGGUUUUAAAAUUUAAAAUAUCAAAUCGUCCAAAUCCCCAACAAUCAACAUGACAUGGACAUAAAUUGUCAAAAUUACAGGAAUCUGCAAUCUCCUAGGAUAAUGUAUACAAAAAAAAAAUGACGUCACAAGUAUGCUAGUACAAAUAAAUUAAAAAACAAUAAUAUAUUAAAUACAAUACAAUAAAUAAUUCUUAUUUUUUCUUCCCCUUAUUCUGAUACCCUUGUUUCGAUUUCCUCUCGUUCUGCAUCUGCUUCAAUCUGAUGUUCAGCUUGGUCUGUGCCUGAUCGUGUUUCUCAUGAGACAACUUUGGCUCGGGAUGCAUGUACUCACGUCGUUCAUCUCGCCUCACGGCCUCACCGCAACCGUGAAUCUCUGGCAACCCGUGAGCGGUACAAAACCUGCCUUUACAAAACUUACAGUCAAUUGCUAUGAGGUUGGUUUUGCUUUUGCAUUUGGUAAAAGUGCAAACGUUGUCCAGAGUUUUUACGUUUUCUAGCACUUGGUCGAUGUCUGAUGAAGAACUGGUAGCUUGCUGAAGGUUUUUGGUUUUGUUUUUCAAGUGGGAAUUGGUUGUAGUGGUCACUGUUGAAGACAUUUUACCUUUUUGUUCUGAGCUGAGCCAAAAUUAAUUUGAGUUUUGUUUUGAUUUGUUGUGACAACAAUGACAGUCAUUUGACAAAAAUGUCACCCACCAACCAAUCAAAACACUUCUCUUUCAAUCUCAACAUAACCGUCAUAACCUCACUUUUUUUUAAAAUUUUUGUAAACAAAAACAAACAAUGAUUUUGAACAAAAUAAUUAAGCCCUCGUGCAGCCAAUGCCUUAAAAACUUUUCCAGCAGUGCCACCCCCAAACCCAAAGUUGUCCCCGAUACUAAAGUACUCGAAGAUAUUUCAAACCAAAUAUACAAGCCCAGACUACAUCCUGGAGUAUUUAAAACUAAAACAUUCACUGUGCCAGAUACUUUUGUUAAAGCUGCCAUUAAAACUUUAGAAGAUUAUCCAGUUAAAUCUUUAGUAGAAGCUGGUCGUAAAUUGUCGUCACAUUUAACAAAAAAAGUGCCUCCUUUGGAAAGGGAAGAGUUGUCAGAACACGUGGAAAAAAUCAAACAAAAACUGAUUAAAAGAUAUGGGGAAGUUACGUUGGAAAACCCUGAAGAUGCUCAAAAGUUUAAGCACAUGAUAAAGGAGAAAGUCAACUUCAUUUUGAGAGAAAACACUUACAAUUGGAAACCAAUGAAAUAUGACACAUACAAUUCCCUAGUAUACCUACUAGGCAGAGCCCCAGCAGAAUAUGCAGUCCUAUCAAAAAUAUUCGGAGAAAUCGCUCAGAGAGAUACAGACUUCACUCCUAGAAGUUUAUUCGAUUUCGGAUCCGGCAUAGGUACAGUAACUUGGGCCGCCAAUUCGUACUGGAAAAAGCACAUUUACGAAUACUAUAAUGUCGAUUCUUCAGCUGAAAUGAACGAUUUGGCUCAGAUAUUGUUACAAGGAGGCACUGGGACUGGAAAUUCUAUGAUUAAAGGGACUUUUUAUAGACAAUUUUUACCUGCUUCAAAUGUCGAAUAUGACUUGGUAACUUCAGCAUAUUCCCUAAUGGAACUACCAUCAUUAACUUCAAGACUAGAAACCGUUUUAAAUUUAUGGAACAAAACAAAAAAUUAUUUAGUUAUAGUCGAGCAUGGCACUAAUGCUGGUUAUAAGGUUGUUAACGAAGUAAGAGAUUUCAUAUUGCAAAUUGAUAAAGAAGGCAGCAUAGGACAUGUGUUUAGUCCUUGCUCUCACGAUAAAAUAUGUCCAAGAUUCCUAGCCAAGGACGGUACGCCUUGCAACUACGAAAUAAAAUACUUUUCAAUGCCCAUAGGACAAAAACCUGAUGUUUAUAAGGAACUCUAUUCGUAUGUGGUUUUGAAAAAAGGACCUCGUCAAAAUGAGCCAGUUUGGCCCAGAAUUGUUAGACCUACACUUGUUAGAUCCAAACACAGUAUUUGUAGAGUUUGUACAGCAGGAGGGAAUCUAGAUGAAGUUAUUUUUACAGCAAAGAAACAUGGAAAGAUGACUUAUCAUUGCGCUCGUUCGUCGAAAUGGGGAGAUUUGCUACCGGUUACUUUGGAGGAAAAUGCUGAAUUUGUAGAUGAUGAUAAUGAUGAAAAUAUACCAAAUUAAAUUUUUA